AUGUCUCUGGGCCGUGUCUCAUACCUGGAGUCAUGGGAGCACCAUCCGCCGCCGUUUAUUCAGCGACGCAGCUUCAGUGAUCGCCAGAUAUCUGGCGAUGGGGAAUCUACCAGCCAUCAAGGUCAGGAAGAGGUCUCAGAAGCUGAUGCUGCUUUUCUACCUUCUUCCUCGUUGCCUUCCAGUUUCCCCAGCAGAGCUGUGCGCCACAAACUAAGCUUCAAUCCCUAUGCUGGAAGGGGCUGGACGCAUAGCUCUGCAGCUGAAACGGAUGAUGAGCAUAUAUCGCUGCUUGGCUCUGAUAUUGGCCCCGGCUCGAAUAUCUCGGAUCUGGUACAGGCCAGGGUUGCAGAAGAAGGAGUUGCGGCAGAAGCUGUUUUUCAUGAUCCUAAGUGGGAUACUGCUGAGACAACGCCGGCUUUUGAGGUUAGCAGCAGGAAAAGAAUUAUUCAGGUGAUAGUGGCUGUCACAUACUGUCUGCUUGCUGCAGGGCCAGUGUUCGGCUUCGCAGCUAUCAAACCGGUAUUCAUUCGAGAGGGGGUUUACCGGAACCGAUGUACCAAGGAGGAAUUAGAUCAAGGUUUUGGUCUCUGUUACGGUCAAGAGACUCGAUUAAAUUUGAUGUUCACUAUCGCGGCAGUUGCUACAAACAUCUGUGCAUUGCCAGUGGGAACCCUACUCGAUACCUACGGCCCUAGAGUCAGUGGCGUCAUUGGAAGUGUCCUUCUCGCUAUUGGUGCUGGUUUGCUUGUGAUUGCCUCUCACAUGCCUUUUGAUGCCUAUAUUCUCGGAUAUCUAUUCCUCGCAUUGGGCGGGCCUUUCGUGUUUAUUUCAUCUUUCCAGUUAUCGAAUGCAUUUCCCACCCACUCUGGGCUAAUUUUGUCUCUGUUGACUGGUGCCUUCGACGCUUCAAGCGCCCUAUUCCUCAUCUUUCGACUGAUCAAUGAGAAAGGCAAGGGAAAGUUCACUGUCCAGAGAUUUUUUACGGUCUACUUGGCUGUACCGGUUUUCAUAUUACUUGCUGAGCUUUUCAUCAUGCCAAAAACCUCUUACAAAACGGCUGGUGAACUCGUUCUUCAAGCAGAGCAAAUCAUUGUUGCCGAGGCGAACGAUACAGUAGAUGAGUCACUUCCUGAACCUGGUGAGGCCGAAAGGCAGCGGGAGCAUCGACGGACUCGCCGACAGAGUAUCGUCAGUAACAUCCAGGGCCUUCUUGACGCCAAUGACCGGAAGAUAGACGAUCAGAUCUUCCAGGAAAGUAACCCCGAAAUUGCCAACCAUGGAUCUCAACAACAAUCCUUACAACAACCCGACAAGCCUUCCCCGGCCAAGAGCCAUAACAAGCAUAGAGCAGGCGGGGUUUGGGGUGCUAUGCACGGAGCAUCGGCAUUUCAACAAAUUAAGAGUCCCUGGUUUAUCUUGAUCACCGUUUUUACAGUGCUGCAAAUGCUUCGCAUCAAUUAUUUUGUUGCUACCAUUCGCUCUCAAUAUGACUAUCUCCUUGAUUCGCGAGAGUUGUCCCGGAGCUUGAAUGAGUUCUUUGACCUCGCACUUCCGGUGGGUGGGUUGAUUGCCAUACCUUUUAUAGGUACAGUGCUCGACAACGCCAGCACGGCAGUUGUACUGUUUGCUCUUGUCACGACAUCCGCCAUCAUCGGAAUACUAGGCUGCCUCCCAGGGAACAUUGGCUUCGGAUAUGCCAAUGUAGUGCUGUUUGUAGCUUACCGGCCUUUUUAUUAUACUGCUGUGUCAGACUACGUCGCCAAAGCCUUUGGAUUUCAGACCUUUGGCAAGGUGUAUGGGCUCGUUAUUGCUCUUGCUGGCAUUUGCAACUUCCUGCAGACUGGCCUCGACGCAUUGACCUUCAAGGUGUUCGACCGCAACCCUAUCCCGGCAAACAUCAUCCUUACUGCGUUUACAGCUAUCGCUGGUUCCUUCUUGGUCACUUAUGUUUCCACCAAGGCUCGCGUCUUGGCACACACGCAAACUGAUUUGGCUGCGGAGGAGCAGCAGCCUCUGAUAACGGGAACUGAGAAUGGAGGAGUUCAGAAUAGGACCUCAUACGGCACUGUUUGA